AUGUCGUGCUGGCCUUUAGCAGCAGAGUUUGCAGCUCGAAGACAACGAGAUCUGGCCUUGGGAAACCACGAGGACAAGGACCUCCCCUUUGGUGCCCCCACCCACGUGAAGCACAAACAAUUUGGCCAAGGUGGGCGGUAUGACCUACUGGAACGCUGGUGCGAGGGAGUCUUUGUGGGAUACUCCAAUGAUGUGAAGAAUGGAAGAGUGGUCCGCCACUCGGAUGGAACUUAUACCACCUCAGUUCACAUCAAGCCGUACUUGUUUGACCCGGGUGACCUGGUCGAGUUCGGGCCCUACGAAAUGGAACUACCAGUGCCUGAACGGCGAGUUCGAGGAAAGGCCACCCUAGCACAACUGCUCCAGGAACCCGACAACGAGAUCGACAAGUUCGCCAAGGACCUCCUGGACCACCAGAAGUUCUCUUUGGAUGACGUGGUCGCGUUGUGGAACGUUCUGCGAACGAAGGCAAGACCAACGACAAGGACUACUCAAGGCGAUGGUCUUCAAUGGUUGGUGGGCCAGUACACCCACGGAAGCCUAUGUGGAGUUGUGCGGGACACGGAUCUCUAUCCGGUUGCCACUAUGUAUCUGGUGCAGGCCUUCAAGAAACUGACGGGUCAUGAUGACUUCACCUCACUAUUGAUCACGGAAGAUGUUGGGAUGAGUUGCCACCGUGAUGUGCACAACCAUGGCCAACGCAACAAUGUACUUCUUCCUGUACUACAAUGUGACAGUGGAGGCGGUGUUUGGGUUGAAUCACAGCCUCGGGACUAUGACUACGCCGAUGAAUGGAAGGAACUCCCUAGAGGUGGAUGGCGCCGGGGGCGGAUUCACGAAUUACAGAGAGGUGUUCCCAUUGAGAUCAACCCGAAGAUGUACCACUCUACUGAGCCAUGGACAGGAAGGCGGCUUGUCGUAACAACUUACACCCCGAGGACUACAAAGAUGACCAAACCGACCUACGACAUCCUCUGCAAGUACGGGUUCAAACCUCCUCCACUACCACCGCAGGUUCCCGACGAACUCCAACGAGCCGUCUUGAAGAUGAUGACUAUGGAUAGUCAGAGGGAGCCCGACGCAGUGAUGUUCCUUAUCAAUGAGGUUGAGGAGGAGAACCGCGAAAGGGCAAGAGAUGUGAGUCGGGAACUAUGCCAACUACAAGAUGAUGUUCUUGCCAAGUUGCGGGACAGGCAGGAAUGGUUGAAGGAGUUCCUGGCUGAGGAGGAGAUCCUGGCUGAGGAGCUACAGGCCGUCGGGGAAACGAUCAACGAGGAGAUCGAGGGCAUCAAUGGUGCAGUUCGGGAUCUACUUCGGGAUGUAGAGGAGAAGAUCAAGCUCACCGAAGAGAAGUGCCACUCCCUCUACCUCAAGGUUGCCAAUGUUAUGGACGAGACCAAUAUCGGUGAUAUUGAGGAGCACCUCGCGAAUCUGAAGAAGGAUUUGGACGUGACAUUGGACGUUCCGUUGGACCAAGUGAAGGCCAACAUGGACAAAUGGGUUGAGCCCAUGAGCAAGGAGUUGUCCAACCUCGAGGAGAAAACGAACGCUAUCGAGCGGAAGACGAUCCAGGAGGCUCGCCAGAUGGAGCGCGAGGGCCUUUUGGUCCUCAUACCUGGCAAAGUGGUUUUCACUGUGAAGCCACCACCCCCUCUUUCGGAAGCAGAGCAACGAGGAUCGAAGACACCGCGUUGGAAACGCAAGGCGCGGAUAGUUAUCUGUGGCAACAUGGCCAGCCAGAAGCAUGAUCCCAAUGACCUUUUUGCCGCUGGUGCAAGCGUUGAAGGGCUACGUUUGGGCUUAGCGUUGGCAUCGGCAAGGCUGUGGAUAGCAGCGGCUACGGAUGUGAGCGUGAAGUGUGGCAAUGGUUUCAUGUGGCUGAAGCAGCUGGCCACAGAUGGCGAGCUGUGGAUGGUGCUGUGGACCCCCGACGGUGGCAUCCCACAGCUGGUGGGUCUACUGGUCACCUACGUUGAUGAUCUGUUGUAUUUGGCCAACAAGGAUACAAUUCUUCGACUACACGAGGUAAUCGCUACUACAUGGCCCUGCUCGCCUUUGGAGUUCUCAACGGAGGGCUUGCGCUACCUUGGUAUGGAAUUGUUCCAGGAGGAGGCUGUCAUUACCCUAGGCCAAGAGGCCUAUGUCUCCAACCUGGUCCGGCUGCACAACUUGGACUCUGAGGUGUCAUCUGGUUUGCCAUGCCCCCGUGAGUGGAUCCAAGAUGAUGAUGACAAUGGGGAGAACGUGACCGAGAACUACAGCGAUGAUGAGCUAAGGAAAGCUCAGAAAAUCACAGGUGAAUGCCUGUGGUUGGCCUAUCGAACAAGGCCUGACAUCCUGUACAUCACGAACUACAUGGCAUCAAUGACCUCAAAAAGGCCUGUGAAGGUCCACCAAAUUGGUCUGAGGGUGAUCUCUUACUUGAAUGCCACGAAGGCCUUGAAGCUGAAGGCGGAGGCCGAAGCAGAGACCACACAAGCCGCAACAGAGAUCACACAAGCCACAGCAGAGAUCACACAA